UGACCCCUGACGGUGCCGUCGCGGGUCUUCCGCCAGGGUGUCCCCCUUCCCGCGACUUCGAAAUAUUUGGCCUCAAGGCUCAAGCUCUGGAUAGCAACGCUUUGCAAGUACGACGCAUCGCCCAAAAGUCAACAUCAACAACCACGGCACGAUGAAAUUUUCCGCACUUUGCUACGGCCUGCUGGCCUGCGUUACACCACUGGUUUCUGCGACGGCGCUGACGUACAAGUUAUCUGCGAAUGAGAAGGCGUGCUUUUACUCGUUUGUGGAUAAGAAGGGUGCAAAGAUUGCGUUUUAUUUUGCUGUAAGUUUGUUCGGGGGUUGUUUUGGAAAUUUUGGGGAUCGGAACGAAAGGAGGGGAGUUUGCUUUUGGGAAUCAUUGCUAAUUGUUUUAUGGGAUAGGUUCAAGCGGGAGGCUCUUUCGACGUGGAUUAUGAGGUUACGGGACCGGGAGAGAAUACCAUUAUGGCUGGGGCGAAGGAACGACAGGGGGAUUUCGUCUUCACGGCUCUCGAGACGGGGGAGUAUAAGUUCUGCUUCAAUAAUGAGAUGAGUACUUUUGCGGAGAAAUACGUGGAUUUUGAGAUUGCUGUAUGUAUCUUCCUUCCCCAUAUCCCAAGCUAUUUCUCGACCCUCUGCCCUCCUUUCUGGAGGACAAAUACUUCCUUCAGGACAAUGGCUUACACAAUUGUAAACAGGUCGAAAACGAAGCCCGUGCCUCUCUCCCAGCUAAGCAAGGAACCUCACCCGAACAGACUUCCGCUCUGGAAGAAUCCAUUUUCAAGGUCUCUGGACAGCUUUCGACGAUUACGAGGAAUCAAAAGUAUUUCCGUACAAGAGAGAAUCGCAAUUUCAGUACGGUGCGCUCGACGGAACGAAGGAUCUUUAACUUUAGUGUGAUCGAGAGUUUGAUGAUGGUUUGUAUGGCUGGAUUACAGGUUUUUAUUGUGAGGUUCUUUUUUCAGGUAUGUAAAAGCCACUUUCUUGGGGAGAAUUUGAGGGUCUGGGAUGGUGCUUGGGGAAAGUAAUUUGAGGUAUAGGUAGACACGAGGAAAAGAUGCUAACUUUUUGAAAUAGGGUGCGAGAAAGGGAUAUGUGUGAAGGAUUAUUGUGUUACUCGUACAAGAGUCUUGUUGGUUCGUCAAGCGUUCUUUGGGAGGCAAGCGUGGUAUGGCAAUGGCAUGGAUCGUUGUGGAGUCGGACUUUUCGUUGUAUUUUUAUAUGAGCAUCCGAAGAAUGAGGGAAUGGAAAACUUUAAUGCCCUUACUUGAAAAUAUUUAUCUACCUACUUUA